UUCAUCCAACGGCAAGACAGACCUGUUCUGUGCAAUCUUUGCUUUUCUCGUCCUACUCACUGCCUUACUCAUUGCUGGCUGCUAGUACCAUUGGUCGUUCCCAAAUCGUAUUCUCGCGGCGAAGAGAGAAAGAAGCCAUACGCCACGGUAAUUACGCGUAUUUGUUCUUCAGGAUGACCAUACCGAGCCCUAUCUUCUUGCCCGGCUUAGACGACCUUGAAUAUCAUGGCAUUGGUAUGAGCUCGGAGGUCAACGUACCUGGCUUCUGCCGCGAUAGAUCAAGUUCCCCCGACGGAUCUAGCAUCAGCCUAGAACCAAGGAUAGAGGAGGAGAAUGUGCUCCGCCCAGAGAUUGAGUUUCCAAAACAAGCUUUCCGUCGGUCAUCCGCUCCAUCUCCUGAGUCCAUCGUAGACGUCAACGGAAUCACACCCAGAAGCCUUCCCUCGCAACAUGACGAGGCAGGUCGAGCAGCGCGUUCGAGGCCUGGAACUCCACAAACACCCGAGGCUUCAUCGUCCGAUAGCUUGGCGACAAAAACACCACCAACCGCCGGGCCUCUAGAAUCUUAUCUGGCAUGUCCUCAAUCGCAUGAGAGACGGGCGCUUUGGCUGCCUCCCGACGAUGAGGACGACCGACAAGGAGACCAGAGCUCUUCGAACUGCGGAUCGGUAGUCCUUGGUAAGAGAAGAGUGCCUGGAGUGUAUGAGCAGGUCGAACGUAGCACGUCGCCGUUUGGGGCUACCCAAGGCGCCGACGAUGCCAAAGCGGACCAGCCAUUGACGCAUUACCUGUCCUCGGUACAUCCCCACGAAGUACUGGCGUAUCAGACGUGGGAACUUGCUUCGAAAGACAAGGAACGAGAUCCAAUAUUGGAACUGGAUGUGCCCGGCCCAUCGGAGAAUGCGGUCCCGACUUCGAAUCACUCCCUAUCUCUAGAGGCCAGCCGUAAGGAAGACGAUAUCCCAGCAGCAUCUGCGGUGCUGUCGCCCGCAGUAUUCAUACCCCAAGGUCCCAUUGAGGUGGGAUAUGAACGUCGUGGUUCGGAUUCAGCGAUAUCAGACUUGGAGACUGAAGAGCUGCACCAGCUUGUGGCAGAAGGUCGUCGUGCGAGACAGGCAGGGAGGAACAGGACGAUGCAGCCAGCGAGGGGCCAGAAAGGCAGAGUCAAAAAGUCAAAAACAAUGAGGUCUCGGAGAGAAUAGCGAGGUGAUGGGUAUGCUUCGCCGUACCCGAAGGCAACCUGCCGAGGUGAAGUGCCUCAUCUUCGAUGCACCCGACAAUUGGCGGCGAUGACAGCAAUCGGAG